AUGUGGAAUUUUUUCUCUUCGUUUAUUUUUGUACCCGUGAUUUUUUCUAUUAUUUGCUUACCUAAUAACGUAAAAUUACUUCCAAAUCAUGAUCGUCGGAAUACGAUAAGGCGAAGUUUAAAAUCAAAUAUGACUCAAACAUCUAUUAGUUAUAAACUUGAUACUUGGUCAAAAUAUGACAAUCCUGAGGAAGGUAUGCAUCAUGAAGGAGAUAUUCAAAUAUUAAAUACUCGAAAAACAAUCACAUCAUUUAAAAAAUUAUUAUGGCCAAAUGGAAUAGUAUAUUAUACUAUAGAUGAAGCUAUUGAAAACAGUCCGCAACAAUUUUCUGUUCUGCAAAAAGCAAUGAUGAUACUAAUGGAAAAAACGUGUAUUCAAUUCCAGCGAAUUUAUCCAAAUGAAAACGGACAAUAUUCAGUUGAAAGUUGGGUUAACAUCGUAGGAAACAAAAGUGGAUGUUAUUCUGAUUUAGGACGUAAUUUAUUUGGUGGUCCGAGUGUUCUAAAUUUAAAUGUAAAUUUAUGUUUUGAUAUAAUAGGUCAUGCUCUUCAUGAAAUGUUACAUACAUUAGGUGCUUAUCAUGAACAUAUGAGACCAGAUCGUGAUCAACACAUUUAUAUAUUGUGGGAAAACAUUAGAGAAGGAACUAAAUUUAAUUUUAAACUGUUAAAUACUAAUACAGUAACUGAUUAUGGAUUACCAUAUGAUUAUGAUAGUAUAAUGCAUUAUUCAAUGACAGCUUUUUCUAAAAGCAAAUCCUUAGCAACAAUAAUACCCAAGAUAAAUGGCAUGGAAAUUGGUCAAAGAGAUAGACUAUCUUAUUAUGAUGUUAAAAAAUUAUUAAUAACAUAUAAAUGCAGUGCGAUAUAUUACUAUAAGAAUGAAAGACUGUAUAAAGGCGAAUAUGAUAGAACUGAAGUUGAAUCUUCAAAUCAAAUGAAUAAUAUAAGUGAAAUACAUGAAAUAACAAAUAUUACAAACUCUGUUACAGAAGUAGGACUAAUUAUAAAUCCUGCAACCUACCACGCAUAAAAUAUUAAAUAGAAGAGAUAAUAUAAGCCUA